AUGCAGAAGUCAAAGCCAGUGAAUAUUCAAAUAUUUAAAAAGCCAGUAUCAAUAAACUGGUUAGAAUUCAUCACUGAAGACAGUGUCAAAUUGGCGAUUCCUGUCGGGCCCCGUUUUCAAGCUGAUGUGCCCAAUUGGAAUGGCCAUGUGGGUGACAGUGAAUUAGAAACUUCAAGGUGGCUGGGCACCCGAAUAUGGCCGGUCAGAGGAAGCUGCCCAGAAACAAAUUGUAAUGCUAUUGGAAGAGGAAGACCUGACUUUUGUUCAUGCAUCACUCCCGGAUCUAUAGAAUGUGUUAGACGGCAUGUUAUUGACAAAAGGAGCGAGCUAGAGUAUGAUCUAGGAACCGUCUUCUGGAAAUGGAAAUUUGACAUGAUGGGAGAAUCUGUUUCCAAGUUGUGGAAUUUGGAUGAGCAGAAAAAGUUUGCUCUUCUUGUCAAAACAAAUCCCAUAUCACAGGGUAAAACCUUUCUGAAUCCAGCCUUGGAGUGCUUUCUUUCCCAUUUUAGAGAAAGUAUAGUGAGCUACUACUUCAAUGUAUACAUUCCAAGGCGUAUUGCUGUGCAGACCAGAUCAGGCUUUACAGAAGUGGAUACUGAUGAAGAUGAGCCUUCAGAGACCUCUUAUUCCAAAGGUUGUCGGAAAAGAUGUCUAGCGGAUAGUGUUGCCCCAAGGAGUUCUGAAUAUGUGAAGACUAGGUACUUGACUAGAAGACGAUGA